GGCCCGGCCGCCGGCGCGGGGUCCCGACCCGGCCCCUCGCGCGGCCCCGGGAGCGCGGCUCGGCUCCCGCCCGAUGCUGGGGUUUCGGCGGCGUCUUUCCUCGGCAGCGGCGUCCCGGGCGGCCGUAGGAGCUCCCGACCGGAUGCCGCGUGCGACCCCUUCGGGCACGGCUGCCCGCGGCGCGCAGGGACCGAAGAGCGGCCUCCGGCCCGGACCCCGCCGGAGGGGCUCCCGCUGCCGGCCCUGCUGCCCCCCGUCCCGGGUGGCCCCCCGUCCCCGGCAGCGCCCGGCCGAGCCGCCUUCCCCGCGCCGGGCCCGCCGGAGCGGCGGGAGAUGUUGCCCAAGGCGGAGUCCAGUGACCACAUCGCGGCCUGGGCGGGCCCCGCCAUGCCCCGCGCCCCCACGCUGCCCAAGGCCGUGUCCAGCGAGUUCCUCGCCGGCGGGCGGGUGGGCCUGACCCCCCGAGCGGAGCCGGGCGAGCUACCCGUCCUCGCCGGGCCCCUCGGCCGGCUCGGCCCUGGCGACGUCUGCGAUCCGCUGCCGGACUGCCCGGACCGGGUCCCGGAGGACGGCACGUUCCGCAUCACAGUGGUCACCUGGAACGUAGGUACAGCCAUGCCCCCAAAUGAUGUGACAUCGCUGCUGCACCUCAACACGGGCGAGACAAACGAUGUGGACAUGAUCGCCAUCGGGCUGCAGGAGGUAAACUCCAAGAUAAACAAGCGCUUGAAGGAUGCCCUCUUCACAGAUCAGUGGAGCGAACUCUUCAUGGAUGUGCUCAGCCCCUUCCACUUCAUCCUGGUCAGCACAGUGCGGAUGCAAGGUGUGAUCCUGCUGGUGUUUGCCAAGUACUACCACCUGCCCUUCCUGCAGGACAUCCAGACAGACUGCACCAGGACAGGGCUGGGGGGAUACUGGGGCAACAAGGGUGGGGUGAGCGUUCGUCUCUCCAUCUUCGGCCACAUGGUCUGCUUCCUGAAUUGCCACCUGCCAGCACACCUGGAGAAGGCAGAGCAGCGCAAGGAGGAUUUUGCCACCAUACUGCACAUGCAGCAGUUUGAGGGGCCUGUGGCCAACGGCAUCCUGGACCAUGACCUCGUGUUCUGGUUUGGGGACCUCAAUUUCCGCAUCGAGAGCCUGGACAUCUGCUUUGUGAAGUAUGCCAUUGACAGCAAUGUCCUGAGCCAGCUCUGGGAGAAGGAUCAGCCCAUAGGACAGGAAGGGCCCUGGCUCUCAUGUCUCUGGAGAGAGGAAGGGACAGCAGAGUCUCAGCUGAACAUUGCCAAAAGCACCUGGCCUGUUCUCAGAGGCUUCCAGGAGGGACCCCUGAACUUCCCACCCACUUUCAAGUUUGAUGUGGGCACCAACAAGUACGACAGCAGUGCCAAGAAGCGAAAACCUGCCUGGACUGACCGCAUCCUGUGGAAGAUAAAACCUCCAAGCAAGGGGUGGGGCACAGGUGGGCACCGGCCCAGCCAGGGUGUGCUGUCAGUGAGCCAGCUGUGCUACUGCAGUCACAUGGAAUACACGGUCAGCGACCACAAGCCAGUAGCUGCCAUCUUCGCUGUGCAGUUUGCUUCCAAGGUGGACAAGCCCCAGGUUGAGAUUUAUGUGGCUGACGAGUGGAGCAGGCCUGAGCAAGCAGUUGUCAGGUACAAGAUGGCUGUUGGCUUCCACCGGAGCUCCUGGGACUGGAUAGGACUCUACCGGGUGGGCUUUCGGCACCCUAAAGACUAUGUGUCAUAUGUCUGGGCCAGGAGUGAUGAGGGGGAACGCUGCCUGGAGAAGCAGCUGUGUGCACAGGUGAUGUUCUCUGAAGAAGCACUGCCUAAGGGGAAUGGCGAGUACAUUCUUGGAUACUACAGCAACACCUCCAGUAGCAUAGCUGGUGUGACUGAGCCCUUCCAGAUCUCCCUACCCAGGUCAGAGGAGGGCAGCAGCUCCACAGACAGCUCAGGCAGCAGCUCAGAAGAGGAUGACAGUACACUUGUCCUCCUGGCCCCCAAAUCCCGCAGCCCCAGCCCAGGCAAGAUGAAACGGCAUCGGAGCCGAAGCCCCAGCCUGGCCAAGUUCCAGGGCCUCAUCCUGCGGCCAUCAAGCCGGGACAGGGGUACAAGCCGCAGUCCCUCACCCCAGAGCCGUCGCAGCCUCCCCAGGAAUAUCCCUACAAUCCAUCUGCCACAGGAAGAGCUGGGGUACCACGGAGUCAAAGGCAAGGAGCUGGGACAGGCAGCUGAGAGCCUGGAGGGCAGCUCUUUCUACCAGACUGUGGAGGAGCAAGGUGGCCUUCGGCGUGUCUCUGCUGACAGCCCCCUGGCCAGGGCUGACCCCCGGAACCUAGGCCUGCUGCCCGCACUGCGCCUGGAAAUGAUUGACCAGGCCCUGGGCCGGCGGUGGGAGAGCGCAGACCAGGGCUAUUACCCCUGCCGGAAAAUGAGUCCCACCAGCCUUCCAGGCUGUGGCACCUCCCCAAAGGAGGGGCGCAACCCCCAGGAACUGGACAGACAUAGCUGUGCCAUGGGCCACUGAUGCAGUGGUUCCUUCCCUCCUCCCCAUAGCGCGCUUGCUGUGUGCUUUCCUCUGCCACUUUCCUGCUGAGACACUCCCUCCCUUAUUUAUUGCAGUGAUUACUCACCCCUGUUGUGUGCCUGGCAGGUAGAGGCCCCCCCUGCUGCUCCCAGCCCAAGCUCCUGCCCUGGGCAGGGCUGUGAGGUGACAACACAGGGGAGGGUGGGCAAAGCUGGUCUAAUAUGGUUUGGGGAACCCCUCAUGAACUUCCAAGUGCAGGACUCUUAUCCCAUGGGAGGAGUGCUGGCCUCACACCUGAGGUAGCACAAGAGGCCAGGGCAGGGCUCUGGCAGGAAUGGCGAUGGGCACAGAGCGAGGACCACCACAGGGUACCCUGGAGAUCAAAGCUUGCUCCUUCCCUGCUCUACCACUGUGCCUCAGCCUGAACAUAGUGCAAGUGACAAAAUAAAUGAUUCUGCCCACCCCA